AUGUCUGUAAUAUAUAUUAAUGAGAAGAAAAUUUUUAGUACAAUAUUUUCACUAUUUGAUUUUGGUCUUUCAACAAUUAUGAGUGGAUUUAUUUUGGUAUUUACUAGUGCUAACCGUAGAUAUUCACAUUUUUCUGAAGAAUUUACUGUUAUAUCAGCUAUACUGACACAUAUACCUUCAAUAUUUCUAUAUAUGGAUCUAAUUAUAUUUCAAUAUAGCAGCUCAUUAUUUUCAAAUAUAUUUGAUGAUAGUAAAUUAGCUUUUAAUACAGGUCCAAAUAAGACUCAAGAAGAUCACUUUAGCUCAGUUUACAAUUGGUGUAUAGGAGGUAUUGUAUUAUCAAUAUGCUACAUAACAAUUUUAUCAACACGAGAUAUUAUAGUAGAUAUAUUUAGCUGCUAUGAAAUACGCAAUCAUGAUACUGAAAGGGAUUCUAAUCAAGAGUAUAGAAAUGAGACAGUAAUUAGACAAUUGGGUAGUUGGGCAGAAAAUAUCAAUAGUCCUUUACUAAUUUCUAGUUCAAAUGCUUCAUCUAACCUACUUGUAUUGCCAAAUAGAAUUCAUCCUAUGAAUAUAUAUUGGUUACGUCCAUUUGUAAGAAAUAAUUGGCUUUCAAAUAGUUUACAAUACAUAUCUUUAUUAGAUGAUGAUGAUUCAUAUUUAAGUGAUUUCCAAUUUGCCUUUGUUAAAUCAUUAUUUUAUGUUCCAAGGGUAAUUCCAUCACAUAUUACAUAUUCAUGGUUAUAUGGAGAGAAAAUAACAAAAUUUUUGCCAUUAAUUAUAUUUUUAAGUGUAUUUCUUAUUCAUCAGAUUAGUGAUUUAUUUUUAAGAUUCUCAACAAUAUGUAUUUUGAGUCAGUAUUCAUAUUGGCCAUGGAAUUUUUUUGUUAUUUUCCUUAUUCAAACUCUUGUUAUUAGUAUAUGUUUUACUUUUUCAAAUUCUCCAAUGACAAAUUUGCUUGUUGGAAUAUGUGUAAUUGUAACUGGAGCAUUCCCACUAAUGUAUAGUUCACAAAAGAGAAUAAAACAUUCAACUAACAUUACAAAUUCUCUUAUUAAUAUCCGAACAAUAGAAUUUACAUGUUUACUAGUUCUUUAUCUCAUUUCACCAGAUUCAAUUACAUCAAAGGAGUCACUUUGGUUUAACUUUUUAAAUGAUAGUUAUGAUUAUACUUCUAGAAAAGAGAGUAACAAUGUGAAUGGCAUAAUUAACUCUUCAAAAUUUUACAAUUCAGAUAUAAAUGUCAAAAAAUUCUAUUGGUUCUCUAUUGUUGUCUUUUUCAUGCAUCAAAUAACAAAAUAUUCCCUAUACAAAAUUUCAUCUAUUCGGAUCAUACGAGAUAGUGCAACAGAUGAGUCACUAAAUAUUUAUGAUCAUUCUAUUUAUAUAUCUUAUUUACAGUUUAUAUAA